CUGCAGAAUGCCAGGAUGGCGCCUCUGCUGCCCCCUCUUGGUACGGAGAUCUUCAGACGCUUCACGCCAGCUUCACUGGAAGAGAUCCAACGACGAUAUGAAGCCGAGGAGCAGGAGCAACAGAGGAAGAAGGAGAAGAACAUAGAGGUGGCAGAGGAAGACCUGCCUAAGCCAGCCAGUGACCUGGAGGCUGGUAAGCCCCUCCCAUUCAUCUACGGGGACCCGCCCCCUGAGCUAAUCAACACCCCAUUGGAGGAGCUGGAUCCCUUCUACCAAUCACAUAAGACCUUCAUCGUGCUCAGUAAGGGAAACACCAUCUUCAGGUUUAACGCCGACCCGGCCUGUUACCUGCUGAGUCCGUUUAGCCGUCUGAGGAUUUACUCCAUCAGGAUCCUCAUCCACUCUUUCAUCAUGUUGACGAUUCUGACCAACUGUGUGUUCAUGACGAUGAGCGACCCUCCACCAUGGAGCAAGACUGUGGAAUACGUGUUUACAGGAAUUUACACUUUUGAAGCUUCAGUGAAAGUCAUGUCGAGAGGAUUCUGUGUGGGAGACUUCACCUUCCUCAGAGACCCCUGGAACUGGCUUGACUUCAUGGUCAUCAGCAUGGCAUAUCUCACAGAGUUCGUAGAUUUGGGAAAUGUUUCUGCUUUGAGGACGUUCAGAGUUCUUCGAGCACUAAAAACCAUCACAGUCAUCCCAGGUUUGAAGACGAUUGUCGGAGCUCUCAUCCAAUCAGUGAAGAAGAUGGCGGACGUCAUGAUCCUGACUGUGUUCUGCCUCAGCGUCUUCGCUCUGAUUGGUCUGCAGCUCUUCAUGGGAAACUUGAGGCAAAAAUGUGUCCUGAUGUCGCCACUGUUGCUCGGCAACCACACGUCUCCCGGCAACCUCACUACUGGUUACCUCGGCAACGACACGUCUCCCAGUAACCUCACCACUAGUUACCUUGGCAACAACACCUACGGCAACGACACAGGAAGCGAUUUUGAUUUCCAAGAGUACAUCAAAAAUACUGAAAACCAUUAUUACCUCCCCGGAGCGAAUGAUGCUCUGCUGUGUGGAAACAGCUCAGACGCCGGGGUCUGUCCGGAGGGUUACACAUGUCUGAAAGUUGGCAGGAAUCCAAACUACGGCUACACGAGCUACGACACGUUCGGCUGGGCGUUUCUGGCUCUGUUCAGACUGAUGACCCAGGACUACUGGGAGAACCUGUUCCAGCUGACUCUGCGUGCGGCAGGUAAAACCUACAUGAUCUUCUUCGUGGUGGUGAUCUUCCUCGGCUCGUUCUACCUCAUCAACCUGAUCCUGGCGGUGGUUGCCAUGGCGUACGCCGAUCAGAACGAGGCAAGCAUCGCCGAGGCCAAACAGAAGGAGGAAGAAUACGCCCAAAUCCUGGAGGCCCUGAAGAAGAGGGAGGAGGUCAGCUAACUGUCCGACCCACCACAUCCACAACUGCUUAUUAACAGACGGCUAUACACAGCACUUAAUAAACACAUAAACACUGCUGUCUCCAGCUGCAGUCUCCAGCUGUUGUCUCCAGCUGUUGUCUCCAGCUGUUGUCUCUAGCUGUUGUCUCCAGCUGCUGUCUCCAGCUGCUGUCUCCAGCUGUUGUCUCACUGUGUUUCAGGGUAUGAUGACGACCAGAGACCGUGUCCUCCGUGUUGGUACGCCUUCUCUGAUAUCUUCCUGAAGUGGAACUGCUGUGGCUGCUGGCGGUGGAUCAAGCCGUGGCUCUACACCAUCGUCAUGGACCCGUUCGUCGACCUCAGCAUCACCAUCUGCAUCGUGCUGAACACCGUGUUCAUGGCCAUGGAGCAUUACCCCAUGACGCCGCAGUUUGAGGAGCUGCUGAGCGUCGGGAACCUGGUGUUCACAGGGAUCUUCACGGCUGAGAUGAUUCUCAAACUUCUGGCCAUGGACCCGUACUACUACUUCCAGGUGGGCUGGAACAUCUUUGACAGCAUCAUCGUCACCAUGAGUCUGGUGGAGCUGGGAUUGGCCAACGUUCAGGGUCUGUCGGUGCUGCGCUCCUUCCGAUUGAUGCGAGUGUUUAAGCUGGCUAAGUCGUGGCCGACUCUGAGCAUGCUGAUAAAGAUCAUCGGUAACUCGGUGGGGGCUCUGGGGAACCUGACGCUGGUCCUGGCCAUCAUCGUCUUCAUCUUCGCCGUGGUCGGCAUGCAGCUGUUCGGGAAGAGCUACAAAGACUGCGUGUGCCGCAUCGCCGAGGACUGCGAGCUGCCCCGCUGGCACAUGAACGACUUCUUCCACGCCUUCCUCAUCAUCUUCAGGGUCCUCUGCGGCGAGUGGAUCGAGACCAUGUGGGACUGCAUGGAGGUGGCGGGUCAGACCAUGUGCCUGAUGGUCUUCAUGUUGGUCAUGGUCAUCGGUAACCUGGUGGUCCUGAACCUGUUCCUGGCUCUGCUGCUCAGCUCCUUCAGCGGUGAGAACCUGGCGGCUCCAGAUGAAGACGGAGAGAACAACCUGCAGAUCGCCAUAAAUCGGAUCAACAGGGCCGUUGCCUGGGUGACGUCCUGGGUCCUGGAGCAGUUCUGGACUCUGCUGGGGAAGAAGGACCCGGACCAGAGCGCGGCCGACGGCGACGAGGACGACAGGAAGGAGUUCUUGGCUUUGAGCUUUGUGGCCUCGGACCAGCCGGGGUCAGAGGUCAACGCUCUCAGCUGUAACCAUGACGACCAGCCGGGGUCAGAGGUCAACGCUCUCAGCUGUAACCAUGACGACCAGCCGAGUAACUACCACAACAUCGCCACCCUGAAGGUUCCCAUCGCCGAGGCCGAGUCGGACUUUGAGACGCCUGAAAAUGACGAUGAUGACGAAGAUGAUGAUGAUGAUGAAGAUGAUGAAGAUGAUGAUGAUGAUGGUGAUGAAGAGGAAGAAAAUCACUCCCAAUGUGACGAGUCGUCGCUCUGCAGCACCGUCCAGAGGAUCCCUGAAGUCCAGGAGGAAGACCACGAUGAAGAGGAGGAUAAAAACAUACCUGUGGACUGCUGCACUGAAGAGUGCUACCGCUGCUGUCCGUGCCUGGUCAUAGACACGUCCCAGGGCCGAGGGAAGGUCUGGUCUAACUUCAGGAGAACGUGUUACUCCAUCGUUGAACACAACUACUUUGAGUCUUUCAUCAUCUUCAUGAUCCUGCUGAGCAGCGGAGCUCUGGCGUUUGAAGACGUCUACCUGGAGCAGCGUCGGGUCAUAAAGACGUUGCUGGAGUACGCCGACCAGGUGUUCACCUACGUGUUCGUAAUCGAGAUGAUUCUCAAGUGGGUCGCCUACGGAUUCAAGACCUACUUCACCAACGCCUGGUGCUGGCUUGACUUCCUCAUCGUAGACGUGUCUCUGGUGUCUCUGACCGCCAACCUGCUGGGAUUCUCUGAGCUGGGAGCCAUCAAGUCUCUGAGGACACUGAGAGCUCUGAGGCCUCUGAGGGCCCUGUCUCGCUUUGAGGGCAUGAGGGUGGUGGUGAACGCGCUGGUCGGAGCGAUCCCGUCCAUCUUUAACGUGCUGCUGGUGUGUCUGAUCUUCUGGCUGAUCUUCAGCAUCAUGGGCGUCAACCUGUUUGCAGGAAAGUAUUAUUACUGCUUUAACGAGACGGCCGGCGAGUCCUUUCACCACGAAGAUGUCGACAACAAGACCGAAUGUUUGGCUCUGAUUCAGAUGAACUUCACUGAGGUCCGCUGGAAGAACACAAAGGUUAACUACGACAACGUGGGGAUGGGCUACCUGUCGCUGCUGCAGGUGGCCACGUUUAAAGGUUGGAUGGACAUCAUGUACGCAGCCGUGGACUCCAGAGAGGUGGAGUCCCAGCCUAUCUACGAGGACAACCUGUACAUGUAUCUGUACUUCGUCUGUUUCAUCAUCUUCGGCUCUUUCUUCACCCUCAACCUCUUCAUCGGAGUCAUCAUCGACAACUUCAACCAGCAGAAAGCAAAGUUGGGGGGAAAAGACAUCUUCAUGACGGAGGAGCAGAAGAAAUAUUACAACGCUAUGAAGAAACUGGGCUCCAAGAAACCUCAGAAACCGGUUCCACGCCCCGAGAACAAGUUCCAGGCGUUGGUGUUUGACUUGGUGACCCAGCAGCCGUUUGACAUCUUCAUCAUGGUGCUGAUCUGUCUCAACAUGGUGACGAUGAUGGUGGAGACGGACGAGCAGAGUCCAGAGAAAGACCGGAUCCUGUACUGGGUCAACCUGGUCUUCAUCGUCUUCUUCACCAUCGAGUGCACGCUCAAAAUCACCGCGCUCAGACAUUACUACUUCGCCGUCGGCUGGAACAUCUUCGACUUCGUGGUGGUUAUUCUCUCCAUCGUAGGUCUCCUCCUCGCUGACAUCAUAGAGAAGUACUUUGUCUCGCCCACGCUCUUCCGUGUGAUCCGAUUGGCUCGCAUCGGUCGGGUCCUUCGUCUCAUUCGUGGGGCGAAGGGAAUCCGGACGCUGCUCUUCGCCCUGAUGAUGUCACUUCCUGCGCUCUUCAACAUCGGCCUCCUCCUCUUCCUCAUCAUGUUCAUCUUCUCCAUCUUCGGCAUGUCGAACUUCGCCUACGUGAGGAAGGGCGCCAUGAUAGAUGACAUGUUUAACUUUGAGACGUUCGGGAACAGCAUGAUCUGCAUGUUCAUGAUCACGACGUCGGCGGGUUGGGACGGCAUGCUGGUCCCCAUCAUGAACACGCCUCCGGACUGCGACCCCAACGCGGAGCAUCCGGGGACGCUGGUCAGAGGAGACUGCGGCAGCCCGGGCGUGGGCAUCGUCUUCUUCACCACCUACAUCAUCAUGUCCUUCCUGGUGGUGGUCAACAUGUACAUCGCCAUCAUCCUGGAGAACUUCAACGUGGCCACCGAGGAGAGCAGCGACCCGCUGUGCGAAGACGACUUCGAGAUGUUUUAUGAGAUCUGGGAGAAGUUCGACCCCGACGCGUCACAGUUCAUCCAGUACAAUAAACUUUCAGAUUUCUGCGACACGCUGCAGGAUCCUCUCAGGAUCCCCAAACCCAACACCAUCAAACUGAUCCACAUGGAUCUGCCUCUGGUUCCUGGAGACAAGAUCCACUGUCUGGACAUCCUGCUGGCGCUCACUGCACAGGUGCUGGGUGAUGCAGGAGGGAUGGACGCUCUCAAAGCCAGCAUGGAGGAGAAGUUCAUGGCCAACAAUCCCUCAAAGGUGUCGUAUCAACCAAUCAGCAGCACCCUGCGGAGGAAACAGGAAGAGGUGGCAGCGAAGGUGAUCCAGAGAGCGUACAGGAAGCACCUGCUGCAGCGGACGCUCAAACUGGCGUCCUACAAAUACCGCGAGAAGACGAAGGGACGGCGAGGCGAGGAGCCGCCUCCGGAGACAGAAGGUCUCCUCUGCCAACGAAUCCAUCAGCUGUACGGAGACGAAGACGGUGAGAGUCCGGCUCCUGCUGCCCGGGUGGAGCUUCAGAGUGAGUUUCUCCUCCACGCUGCGCCGCCACUCAACAUGCGUGACUUCCUGCGAGAUGAGAACCUGAGGGAGUCUAUCGUCUGAUCGUGGCUCUCUGAGGACUCACCUGAGGACUCACCUGAGGACUCAC